AAAGCACUUUCGCUCCCCCGUUAUUUUUGUCUUAAUCCCCCUUCUCCACUCCCUCCUCUUAUCCCCAACCCCUUCUUAAUCCCACUCCUCCCCUCGCUUGCCUAAUUUGCGUGGUUUCCUUUGCGUUCUUUUGUCGCUCCGUUGGGUUUCUUUUGGAAUUGCAUCUGUCAUCUUUGGCGUUUGUUCAUAGAUUGCUGUAUUUUACACCAUGGCUAGUGUGAAGGACGCAGUCAAGGAGUCCUUGGUGGGCACCUCCCAGGUGCCCCAGCCAUCGCAGCAGAUUAAAAGCAAUUUCCUGCGCCAUGCACGCAAAGACGAGGAGACGGGAGAGCUCUACAUGAGCCAGGAGGACUUCGUCAAUGCCAUCGCUCCCAAAUAUGAAGACUACCACAAAAUCAAACGCGAACACUAUGGCGUUCUGUUCAUGGUCGCCGACAGGCGCAGAUCCGGCAAAGUCAGCCUUGCCGACUGGACGACUUUCGAGAACCUCCUGGACAAACCCGACGCGGAAUACGAGAUCGCUUUUAGAUUGUUCGACACGGAAGGAACGGGCACCGUGAAAUGGGACACCUUCAAGGAAGUGUGCAACCUGAGCAAGAGCAGCGACAGCAUCCCGUUCGAUUGGAACUCAGAAUGGGCUUCCCUUUACACUGGAAAGACAAAGCGCCGACACGACAUGACGUACCCUCAAUUCUCCCAGAUGCUUCGCGGUCUGCAGGGAGAACGCAUUAGGCAAGCUUUCCACGCUUUUGACAAGGACGGUGAUGGCUACAUCGAGCCCGAAGACUUCCAGCGCAUCAUCCUCGAAACCUCGAAGCACAAGCUGUCCGACUAUGUCUUGGAAAACCUCCCCAGUCUGUGCAACAUCUCCGCCGGUACCAAGAUCUCCUAUGCCACCGUCCGUGCCUUCCAGAACAUUAUGCGUGAGAUGGAUAUCAUUGAUGUUAUUGUGCGUGAGGCGGCCCAGCACAGCGACGAUGGCAAGAUCACGCGCGCGGAUUUCUUGAAUGCUGCCGCUCGUGUUACCCGGUUCUCUCUUUUCACCCCCAUGGAGGCCGACAUCCUCUUCCACUUCGCUGGAUUGGAUGCUCCCUCUGGAAGACUUUCGCAGAAGGAUUUCGCCAAGGUCAUUGACGCAUCGUGGCGUAUGCCCCUCGCAGUUGCUGGACAAGCUGCGUCGGAUAAGGCGCACCAGGUUGCCGAGAAGUCCAAGUCGGUGCUGUACAGCGUGUUGGAGUCCGUCCACCAUUUCGCCCUGGGCAGUCUUGCAGGUGCUUUCGGAGCCUUCAUGGUGUACCCCAUUGAUCUUGUGAAGACCCGUAUGCAGAACCAGCGCUCAACUCGCGUCGGAGAGAGACUUUACAACAACUCGCUGGAUUGCUUCAGGAAAGUGAUCCGUAACGAGGGUUUUACCGGCUUGUACUCUGGUGUCGUCCCUCAAUUGAUCGGUGUCGCCCCCGAGAAGGCUAUUAAGCUCACUGUGAACGACCUUGUGCGUGGGCACUUCACCAACAAGGAGAACGGAAAGAUCUGGACUGGUCACGAGAUCCUGGCCGGUGGUACUGCCGGAGCUUGUCAAGUUAUCUUCACCAACCCUCUGGAGAUUGUCAAGAUUCGUCUCCAAGUCCAGGGUGAGAUCGCAAAGUCUGUUGAGGGUGCUCCUCGCCGCUCUGCCCUCUGGAUCGUCAAGAACCUGGGUUUGAUGGGUCUGUACAAGGGAGCAAGUGCCUGUCUGCUCCGUGAUGUCCCGUUCUCCGCCAUCUACUUCCCUACUUAUGCGCACCUGAAGUCCGACUUCUUCGGCGAGUCGCCCACUCACAAGCUCGGCGUCGUGCAAUUGCUCACCGCAGGUGCUAUUGCUGGUAUGCCCGCAGCCUAUCUUACUACCCCGUGUGACGUGAUCAAGACCCGUCUGCAGGUCGAAGCCCGCAAGGGUGAGAUCGGGUACACCGGACUGCGUCACUGUGCGGCCACUGUUUGGAGGGAUGAAGGAUUCAAGGCUUUCUUCAAGGGAGGCCCGGCUCGUAUCAUUCGUUCAUCCCCACAGUUCGGUUUCACACUUGCCGCCUAUGAGAUCCUGCAGAAGAUGCUUCCUAUGCCCGGGUCUGAACCGGAAGUUACCCCGGCGGGACAAAUCGAACCUGGCGUCGGCCUGCAGACUGCCAAGGCUCCUCUGCCAUACCUCAGAUCCAGGAACGCCCUCAAGCUGAUCCUGGAUUUGGAUCAAAACAUUGGCCGCGUUCCGAUCCCCUCGGCGGACCGUUGGCCUAAGUUCCUUCAGCAGUCCAAGCAAUAGAUAAGCAUCUUCAUGUUUUCAUAGCGACGAAUUGGUUUCUCUUUCCUUUUGUUCCUUUUGUUUAAAUGGAAAUAUCUUUUCAUGUCAUACUACCCAA